AUGAAGACUUCCGUCCUGUAUCUUUUCCUAAUCAUUGCAUCAGCCUCAACAUCAGAUAAUAAGGAACGCAUCCCACAUCCAUAUGACUGUGAAUCCUUUAUGUACAGUUAUAAUCCUGAGCAAGUAUGGUCGUGUGCUGAAGGUCUGCAUUUUAGUCCAACAACUUUCAAAUGUGAAGCACCAGCUGAAGCUAAGUGUCAUCCGGAUUAUUGGUGUCCGACUAAGGAUGACCCUGAAAAUCCGGUUUAUGUGGCUGAUGUUGUGGACUGUCGCAGCUACUACACCUGCACUAAUGGAACUCCAAACAAAAGCACCUGCGAUUUCAACCUUUACUGGGACUCCAUCAAUCAUGAAUGUGUCUCACAAGAUUCAGUCACAUGCGACAAACGCACACAAUUAAACCUUGAACUUAACAAUCAAGUUGAAGUAAUCACAACAGCAACAAAGACUCCAAAGCUAGAAGUCUGUAACAUCAAGAAGGACCUGUUUGAUGGACCAAACUACCUCAAAUCAGUUUGCAUAGUCAGUGCUGGAAUGAUUAAUGAUGCAGCCCUAAAGAAAUGUGCUGACAAUAACAUGAAUCUGUUUAUAAUUGACGAUGAGACUGUUGAAGCUCAAUUUCAUGAUGCAAUUAUGGCACUUGUUGCUGUGAAUCAUGCACGUGGGACUGUCUGGAUAAAUGGAAGACGCGAAGGUCAAGGAAAGAAGUGGAAGGUCUUAAAUUCUGAUGGAACUGCUCGAGGACCAUUACAUGCUGGAGUUGAUUUUUACAGUAAAUAUGCAAGUGGAGACUGUCUGAAGUAUACAGGACAGUAUGGAGUAUAUCAAGCCUUACCUGGUCUGUGCACAGAAGCUCCUUGGCCUAUUUGUGAAUAUCACCAAAAAUCUGAAAAUCCACCAAAGUUAGACACAUCUGCAUGCACUCAUAAAAGAGAUUUAAAGCUCAAUAGCUCAUACAUCAAGUCAAUAUGCGUAAUCAGCACAGCACACACAUACGAAGAAGCAACACGUCAAUGCUCAAAAUUCGGAAUGAAUCUUUUCAUAUUUCGUGAUAAAAUUGACGAACAAUCAUUCCAUAAAUCAUGUGAGGACCUGCUUAAGACUAUUUCUGGUGGCUACUUAUGGAUCAAUGGAAUGCGUGACUUAGUGACUAAUCAAUGGAAUGUCUUCAAUGGCAACAGAACAAUUCAAGGUCAACUUUAUAAAGAUAUUGAGUGGGUCAACAAGGAUGCAAUUCGUGGGAAAACUAAUGGCGAAUGUUUAAGGUAUUCUGGACAGUAUGGACCUUAUCAAGCUAUAGGAAUAGGAUGUAAUGAGAAAAGUGGAAUUGUUUGUGAAUAUUUUGAUAUUGAAAAAUAA